AUGUCAAAGCUUUUCUUAAUUGCUUGCCUUGCAGUCUGUUCAUUUGCAGCCUUAUCUGAAUCUCAAGCCUUCUUACAAGCAGAAACAGAAGUCCUUGAGCCAGUUAUGGAAGAAGCUUGGGCCGAAACACAAGAAUAUCAUCCUGUCACAUCAACCAAAAACGGUGCAGAAAUCCUAACGAUUUCCAAUAUGAGCUAUGAAGAUAUUAUUGCCUUUAGUGAUGGGAUCUGGAGAAGCGUAGAAAGCGGAGAAAUCAACCCAAGACAAGCUAACAAAAUGUUCGAAGAUGAAACUGGAGUCAAUGUGAUCGAUUUCAUGAAACAAGGAGGAGAGGUUACUUUCCAAAUCUAA